AUGCGUAUCAUAUAUAUUCAAUAUAAAGCUGAUAUAUCCAGAGCAUGCCGUAGUCAAACACAGGAUGUUCAAGCUCUUAGUGUCUGUUCAUCAGAUGUUCUAUGGCGAAGUAAUAUCAGUAAUAUGGAUAAUUUAGGUAAAGAUAAAUGGUAUCAAGUGUUUGUAAACUUGAAUACAAAUCCGAAAACAACAACAGCAACUACUCCAGAUCAAGGUAUGCCAAUUAAUUUGGCAGAUUUCAAGGUUAGUUACUCUUGUGUUUCUGUAGAACGUGGAUUAGCGGAUAAUUUUGUUGUUGCUUGCUCUUGCCGAAGUGAUUUGGAUCCUAAAACUGGUCUACCUUCGGUUAUCUGUGCUAAUGAACAGCUAUGGUCUACCACACGUGAUUCUGUAAUUGUCGCUGUUGGUCAGUGGGAAAAUGUUAAGCUUGAUUUAACUCAAUCAAAUCAUCCCACAGAUUAUAAGAAAAAUGUAGAUUAUAAAGACACUGAUACGUAUCAGGAUAAACGUUACGAUUUAAUUCUUGAAUUUUCAGUUCGGUGUUGUACUACUCGAUUGACGCAUAUAUCUUGUGUUGCUGUUCAACGUGGAGUAGAUGAUAAUUUUGCUGUCACAUGUGAAAAUAAAAGACUGUGGAAGUCGGAGUAUGCAAAUGAUAAUAAUAAGUUCUCAAAUAUUUGGCAUAAUGCAUUUGUCGAGUUGAGUAGUUCAAUUAAUUCGGAUUAUAAGGUGUGA